CGUGGUUUAAACACACAGCUUACCCCAAAUUUCCCCACAAUAUUAUUGUCGCUCACUACGCUGACAACCCCAACUGUCAUAUCUUCCAGUUAUGAAGCCGGGAGUUCCGUACCUUCAAAGAAACCCUCUCGUUACCUAUGGAACUGGAGGCUCGACGUAUACUGCUCGCUCGACGCUUAACAGAUCGUUCGUUGUCGUUGUUCCAUUAGCUUUGGCUGCAAUCUUGGGAUAUAUCACAUACUUCACUCACCGUCAUGAUACCUCCUACCGCGCUCAAGCUCCUGCAUUGGACAACCGAGUUGCCAAACUACCAGUGAUGGGCUAUAACACUUGGAACGCAUACCAUUGUGACAUAGACGAGGGCCUCAUGUUACAAACCGCACAGCUUAUGAAAUCUCUCAAGUUAGCGGACGCUGGAUACACUUAUGUCAACAUUGAUGAUUGUUACUCAGAGAGAAGUAGAAACGAUGAUGGUGAUAUUGUCGAAGACGCGACGAAGUUUCCGUCUGGAAUGAAGGCCCUCACAGACGAGAUUCAUAAUCUUGGACUGAAAGCUGGCAUUUACAGUGACUCGGGUUGGUUCACAUGCCAGUUGUACCCUGGCUCAUUCCAGAACGAGGCAAGAGACGUAAAACGCUUUCAUGACUGGGGCUUUGAUUAUCUCAAGUAUGAUAAUUGUGCUGUUCCAUUCGACAACAUCACGCGGGAGAAUAUUAUGGGAAGAUACGAACGUGUGGCAAACGCCAUUGCUGAUUUUUCUCUGUCGUCUGGAACACCACCCUUAAUUCUGUCCAUGUGCCAAUGGGGAAGGGAGCAAGGGUGGACUUGGGCUCGCAGAUACGGGCAAAGUUGGAGGACGACCAACGAUAUUGACCCGAACUGGCAAUCAAUUGCCAAAAUAUUAAACCAGAACUCGUUCUAUACUUGGGCAACUGAUUUCUAUGGCCAUAAUGACAUGGAUAUCCUUGAAGUUGGUAAUGGCCCCCUAACGUACGAAGAAGCGAAGUCCCAUUUUACUGCGUGGGCGCUCUUGAAGUCACCUUUACUUAUUGGCACCCAUCUCGCUUCUGCUACUAAAGAAACCCUCGAGAUUCUGACCAAUCCAGAAAUCAUUGCGAUUCACCAAGACUCAGUUGUAGGCACUAGCAUCUCACCUUUCCGGUGGGGCAUCAAUCCUGAUUGGGUCAGCAAUGACACACAUCCCGCACAAUAUUGGAGCGGGGAGAGUCAGAACGGGACGGUGUUUAUGCUCUUAAACACGCUGGAUGAACCCGCCGACAUGUUCUUCAGGUUGACUGAAUCUCCGUGGAUCCGAGCUGGCAGACAAUACACUGUCCGGGACCUUUGGACGCAUACAGACAACGGCACUGCAGUUCGCAACUUCACAGCUCACGCUGUUCCGCCGCACGGUGUUGUGGCAUUGCUCCUCCAAGACGCGGGUAAUGAGCCGGAUGACUUGUGGCCGCCUUGUGCUGUGUUGGAGUGGUGCAUGAAUUCUAACGGGACUCGCAUUGACGAAUGAAUGCUGAGGGCUUUUUUCUAAGUGAUGUACAAAGUCUUGUAUCACCAUUGUAUGUUGACAAAUUUCAUUGGAUGUUGUAUUGAUA